GCGGGAGCGAGUGGCGAGCAACCGCCUGAAGCGUGCGGAGGGAGUCUUUCCGGCGCCCAGGUCCCGGCUCCCCAGCCCCAGGUUGUGGCAGGAAUCUUGGGAAGCCAAAAUGAGACAUAAUCAGCUGUGUUGUGAGACACCGCCUACUGUCACUAUUCAUGUAAAAUCAGGGUCAAAUAGAUCACAUCAGCCUAAAAAACCCAUUAAUCUGAAGCGUCCUAUUUUUAAAGAUAGUUGGCCAGCAUCUGAAAAAAAUGCACAUAAUAGCAACAAGUCUAAGCGCCCCAAAGGACCCUGUCUAGUUAUACAGCGUCAGGAAAUGACUGCUUUCUUUAAAUUAUUUGAUGAUGAUUUAAUUCAAGAUUUCUUGUGGAUGGACUGCUGUUGUAAGAUUGCAGACAAGUAUCUUUUGGCUAUGACCUUUGUUUAUUUCAAGAGAGCUAAAUUUACUAUAAAUGAGCAUACCAGGAUAAAUUUCUUUAUUGCUCUGUAUCUGGCUAAUACAGUUGAAGAAGAUGAAGAAGAAUCCAAAUAUGAAAUUUUUCCAUGGGCUUUAGGGAAAAACUGGAGAAAAUUAUUCCCUAAUUUCUUAAAGUUAAGGGACCAACUCUGGGAUAGAAUUGACUUUAGGGCGAUUGUAAGCAGGCGAUGCUGUGAGGAGGUUAUGGCUAUUGCCCCAACCCAUUAUAUAUGGCAACGGGAACGCUCUGUGCAUCACAGUGGAGCUAUUAGAAACUACAACAGAGACGAAGUUCAACUGCCCCGAGGACCUAGUGCCACCCCAGUGGAUUGUUCGCUCUGUGGUAAGAAAGGAAGAUGUGUUAGACUGGGGUUGUCUUCAUCGUCUUCAUCCAGCGAGACAGCAGAGGUGACGGAGAGACAUUCUCAGGAAUCACACGACUCGUUCUCGAUGGACAGAGUAGUCAGUCCUUCUCAAGCUUAUAGCUGUUCUCAAGCCAAUGACCAUCAAUCAAACAAAGAAAAUAAAACUAAUUUUAUGAAGAAAGACAAAUCUAUGGAGUGGUUUACAGGAAGUGAAGAAUGAAAUGGCUCAACUAAACCAACUUGGAAUCAUUAACUACAAAAUGUCAAACUACACGACCAGAGUCAAAAUGGGACAUUUAAACAGUUUUGAAAUGUUAUACAUCUUCCAUUAGUUUUUGUUAUUUUUGAAAUUAUAUGUAAAAGUUAUACAAAUCAUAGUAAUAGGUAAAAAUUUCAAUCUAUGAAAGUAGUGUUUUGCAAUAUAAAGUUCUAUUUUGUUGCUUUUCCAUCUUCAAAUCAGUUACUGUCAUCUGAGGUACUUCAGUUAAGUUGUGGCUUAAACUUCCUCAGCUUGACAAGAAAUGCUAAUUUAAGGAGAGAAAAAAAGUAAGGUCAUUACAAUAAUUAGAAGAAAACACCAUUUAGUAUGACCUGGAAACAUCACUCACCUGUAUGACCAGUUUGCCAGUGUAUAGGUCUAGCGAUAUAAGGAAAUGAUCCAUAUGGAAAAUCCGACUGUGAUUCUUCUGUUGUAGACAAAAUAUAUAUUAUAAGCUACAUAAAAUAUGUUAUAAUUUGUUCACAAAACUGUUAAAAUACAAAUUACUGUCCCUUUAAGUUUUUUCUCUCAGACAUUUUUUUUCAGCAUUUGUUUUGGAGCUACUCUGCCAGUUAUCUUACAAAAACAAUUUGAAAAGGAUUAAAUGAUAACCUUAUAUAUGGUUUUAUAACCAAAUGGAUAAGACGAUAUAUCAUCAUCAAUCAAUGGAUAUUUGAAAACUUGUUCAAGCCUAAAUAACGUGUACACAUAACAAGGACCUAAAUUUAGUUCUCUGAGGAAUUCUAGCAGUGUCCAGAAGUUGCUUUUUGGAAUAUUAGCCAUUUGCAUAUUCCCUUCAGUAAUAAUCACUGAUCUAAAUUAAAAACAUCCUUUAGUAUAUUUAAAGUAUUUCAUAAGCCAACCUCCUUAAUAGAAAAUAUGAAUAUUAUAAGAAGUUCAGUUCCUCAAAGGUAUCAGUUUUAUAUAAAAGGCAAGAAAAGUCAUUAUUCUGUCCCUUAGAGAUUUUAAUUUAACAGAAGAAAUAUUAUUUUUCAUCUUCUCUAGGGGAAAAAAAACCCAACUCCUGAGAAACAGCUCUGUGAUUACUGGUCCAUACACCCAGGAGCCUAUUCUCGAUUUAUUACUGCAAACACACAUGAAAUAAAAUUGAAGCUUACCAUGGUCA